AUGGCUCCCGGUCUUGGACUGUUCUCACUCGGGAAAAAAUUUGAUCUUAAGACGGGCGCCUUGAGCCCCCGCCACCAAGAUGUCCUCGACAACUCUACCUUUGCGUCCGAAAACCCCGAGUACUCAUCAAGAGGAAUCUCAUUCAACAAGCCCUUCACCCCCCCCCCCCCCCCCCAGUCCGGCGAUGCACUGGCCGAGACUAGUAUCGUGCCUGCGGAACCAAAAAAGACCAGCAAAAGAUCCCCGCCAAAGAGAUUCACAGUUCCCGCUGCACCACCAAAAGGUAGCACUGUCAAGGAACCUUUCAACACGACUGCAUCGCGGAAACCGGCUACUAAUUACCACGUUGAGAAGGCUUCCUCUCGGGACCAGCUGAGACCAAAUUUGAAAAAAGUCGCCACUGACACACGAGCCGCUAUCACAAAUAUUAUGAAGGGCACUGCAUACAAAGGAACUGGACAAAGCCAGAAGAUUGGCAAGCCCAUGACUAUCACUGCUUUGGAUUCCGAGUCCUCGGAUUUCCCAAUUUCCAAUCCACUCCAUAGCCAGGACACCAAUCCUGUCUGCGUCCUCAAUCUGGCAAACGCAUACACCCCCGGGGGAGGCUGGCUCAAUAGCGCCAUGGCCCAAGAGGAAGAGUUAUGCUACCGAAGCACUCUGAGUGACACUAUCAUACCGUCUUUGUACCCCAUGGGAGAACUGGAUUGCAUCUACUCUCCCGCCGUCGUCAUUUUUCGAGAAAACCUCGAACGGAAUCACACUUUCACGUGGACCGACAAACCCGACUUCAUUCCGACUGUCAGUGUCAUCAGCAUGGCCGCAAAGUCGCACCCCAAAUUGGAUAAUUCCGUGAAGCCAUCCAAAUACCAGAACCCCACUGAUCGCACUGCCACAAAGGACAAGAUGCGAGCGAUUCUGCGUGUUGCAGCCCACAAUGGCAAUCGACGUCUUGUUCUCGGGGCACUAGGUUGUGGUGUCUUCAAACACCCAAACCAGGAGGUCGCCGACUGCUGGGCCGAAGUGUUUCAGGAAACAGAGUUCAAGGGCUGGUUUGAGAUGAUUGUUUUUGCCAUUCUUGACAAGCAAGCUGGCCCUGGUGGCAAACUCUGGAGAGCCUGGUUCUCACGUCCCCCCUUCGGAUACUUUGUGAUGUUUCAGGGCUAA